AUGCAAAGGCUACAAAUACCGACGAUAAACUGUACUCGGGCAGUACGUCGUCACUAUGCUUCGUAUCUACUGGGUAUUGAAACUAGUUGUGACGACACUGCAGUGGCCAUACUGGAUCAAGACGGUCGUGUUCUAAGCAAUGUUAUUUCCUCACAAUGGGAACUUCAUACAAAGUGGAAAGGAAUUGUACCGGCAUUAGCAGCACGAGCGCACGCUGAGAACCUGCCACAUGUUAUUAAUGCUGCCAUUGAGCAGAGUGGGUUACAGAGUGUUGAGCAAUUGUCAGCUGUGACAGUAACUUCCGGUCCUGGACUUGCUCCGUGUCUUGAUGUCGGAUUGAAGACAGCACGACAGAUUUGUCUGGACAAUCCAAACAUUGCAUUCUUGCAGAUUAAUCACCUGGAGGCUCAUGUUCUUGUGUCAAGACUGCCUGAACUUGAGACGCUUCGACCAGAAUUUCCAUUUAUCGUGCUGCUUGUGUCUGGAGGCCACUGCUGCCUGGUCUUGGCAAAGGGUCUGGGCGACUACAAACUGCUAGGAAAAACAGUCGAUGACUCGAUUGGAGAAGCCUAUGACAAAGUAGCACGGAUGCUAAACAUUACGUCCUCAGAUGGCAAGAGCGUGCACGGUGGCAAAUUGAUUGAGGACAUGGCUGCACGUGGCAAUGACCGUGCUUUUCCGUUCACCGAGCCAAUGAAGCAUCGAAAGGAUUGCGACUUGUCUUACUCUGGAAUCAAGUCUGCGAUGCUUCGAGAGGUUCAAAAGCUUGGCGACAUAAAUGAAAAGACAAAGGAGGAUUUAUGCGCUUCUUUUCAGCGAAAGGCAGUCGACCAGUUAGUUACACGAACACGACGAGCUGUUCAAUGGAGCAAAGAACACAUGGGGGACAAUAUCUCUACGCUUGUUGUAUGCGGUGGCGUGGCAUCAAAUCAGUAUCUUCGUGGACGUAUGCAGACAGCAGCAAAUGAAGAAGGGAUAGUGGCAGUAUUUCCUCCAGCCAAGUAUUGCACUGACAAUGGUGUCAUGGUUGCAUGGGCAGGAAUUGAGCGGUAUGCCCAGGGGCAUGCGUAG